UUAAACAUUUUAUACAACAAACAUUGUUAAAAUGAACUAUUUUGUAAUUAUAAGUAUAUCUGAAUUAUGAAGUUAAAAAAAAAAACAAUUCACUUUUUUCGAUACCAGUGUCAACGUUGGUGGAUAUUUUUUGAAACAAACAUUGUUUGAAAAAUUGAGUCAUCUUUUUUUCCACCACUAGAAAAUUGACAACAUUUUAUUUAUAUUUCUUAAUAUUUUUGUUUGUUCUAUAUAAAUUUUUUUUUUUUUUUAUAAAAGUCAAUCACGUAUUUGACAUUUGUUAUUCAUUGUAAGUUUAUACUAGAGACAAAUUGGGUCAGAAAUUUUUUUGACAGGUUAGGUUUACUCAAAAAUCCUCACACAUAUAUACACAAUACACACACGCACAAAAGGGAAACGUCAGAACUUUAAAAAAACCGGACUAAAAUUGAUUUAUGGUUUUUUUUAAAAAUGAUGGUGCCGGCAGUGAUAUUUCUAGGUUAAUAAAUUUUGUGUGAUUUUAAUAAUUGUAAGAAGAUUAAGUGAAAAUUUAAAAAAAAAAAUGGACAAUAGAAUUGCGAUAUUUGAUCCGGACGAAGAAGAGGUUAACAAUGAAAUUUUCAACGACAUUGAACCAGUUCCAUGGGUUAACGAUGAGGCAAAUUAUGAUUUGGAUGAUAUCAACAUGUUUUUCCAUAGGGUAGAUUCUGAUCAAAUUAUUUAUCAGGAGAAAAAGAAGAAAUGCAAAUUUAUUGGAAAAUAUGUUAUGGGCGAUUUACUCGGUGAAGGGAGUUAUGGAAAAGUAAAAGAGAUGCUUUGCUCUGAAACACUUUGCAGGAGAGCUGUAAAAAUAUUAAAGAAACGAAAACUUCGAAGGAUACCCAAUGGAGAAAGCAACGUACAAUCGGAGAUCCGAUUAUUAAGAAAAUUGAAACACAAAAAUGUAAUUGAUCUCGUUGAUGUAUUAUACAAUGAUGAGAAGGAGAAAAUGUAUCUAGUUAUGGAAUUUUGUGUAGGAGGUCUUCAGGAUAUGUUGGAAAGUUCACCGUAUAAAAAAUUUCCCCUAUGGCAAGCUCAUGGUUAUUUUUCUCAAUUAUUGGAUGGAUUGGAAUAUCUUCAUGGUACAGGAAUUGUUCAUAAGGACAUUAAACCGGGAAAUCUUCUCUUGACACUUGAUGGAACUCUUAAAAUCAGCGAUUUUGGAGUUGCUGAGGCGUUAGACAUGUUUGCCAAAGAUGACACAUGUACAACAGGACAAGGUUCACCAGCUUUUCAACCUCCUGAAAUAGCAAAUGGCUGUGACACGUUUGCAGGUUUUAAAGUAGAUAUAUGGAGUAGUGGUGUAACAUUAUAUAAUUUUACAACUGGUAUUUAUCCUUUCGAAGGGGAUAAUAUUUAUAAAUUAUAUGAAAAUAUUGGAAAAGGUGUUUACACAAUACCAUCGGAAAUUGAAAAUUCAUUAAAAUCACUUUUAAUGGGAAUGUUGGAAAAAGAUGUUGACAGAAGGUUUUCCCUACAAGAAAUAAGAAGACAUCCUUGGAUUAUAAGUAGACCGUCAAAAACAUUAGAAGAAGUGCCAAUACCUCCACUUCGAGGUGAUGAAUGGCAUACAAUGACUGCACUGCCGUACCUGAUGGAACAUCAUUAUGGAACUGAUAAUAAUUCUACAUAUUUUACCGAACAUCAGCUCAAUGAGGAACGAAGACUUCAAGAAUUGGAGGAUGUAAGUGGCGAUAUUAGAAGUACUUCAAAUAGUCAUAAUGGCAAGGCAAAUAAUCAUCAAAAUAAACGAAGAUGGCGUAAAACAAUAUCGUGUAUAAAUGUAAGAAAAUUUCCAUCAUGUAAAACAUCGUGAUUCAAUUUUUAUUUUAGUUUUUAUUAUGUUAUUUACUUCAUUUGACUGUGCUAGUCAAUUUUAUUUCUUAUUUACUGGCACUUUGACAGUACUGCGAAUUGUCAAAAAUGACAUUAUUCGCGAUAGAGAGAGA